AGUGUGAAGCAGCAAAGGACGGAGGUUUGACUGAGAGACGGUUUGUGACUCUGCUGAAUCCGGAUCAGAUUGUGUCUCCCUCAGAAGAGGUGUGUGUGGUCUCUCAGGUGUGUGUGACGUCAUGCCGUGGCUGCUGUCAUCUCAGGUGGACCUCGUGUCCUCGUCACCGUCUGAGCGUCAGUGCGAACGGACCGCCUUUUCCUUUUAUUGCGCGGUGCGGGAGCGGCUGCCGGUCUGGCUGCUGGAGGACAUGCGCAGUAUGGAGGUGUUCUGCUGGGAGGACGGACGCCCACGAGCCUUCCUGCCGUCUGAGGCGCUGCUGUACGCGCUCGUGCACGACCACCAGGACUACGCGAGUUACCUGCUCAACAGGUACUCGGUGAGCGCUCUCAGAGCGCCGCGCUGCAGCUUCUGCUGCCGCCGCAGCAGCGGCACGCCGCACCUGAACGUGGCGGUGCGUUACGACCGCGUGUCGAUCCUGGGCGCGAUGGUGGAAACUCUGAAGGACUGCGACGCGCAGAGCGAGCGGCGAGAGCUGCUGGACGGCUGCGGCGGCUGCUCGCACGUCGCCGACGCGGGAAAGACUGCGGUGCAGCUGGCGGUGGAGCUUUCGCGCGCCGACUGUCUGCUGCUGCUGCUGGCUCACGGCGCGCGGCCCGACGGACUGGACGCUGCGCUGCAGACGCUCGUGUCGUGCGACUCGACGCAGCGACGCCACGCGCAGCGCUGCUUCGACCUGUUGCUGCUGUUUCUGCCCGAACCGCCGCGGCCGCGCCGCCUGCGGGAGGAGCCGCAGCGCUGGCAAAGCCUGUUGGGAAAUGAAGUGUUCGACUGGCUGUGCGGUUCGGCCCCGCCCCCCCUCCUGCUGCAGGCUCUCCGGUGUCUGGCCCGGUCCGGACCAGAUCGGAUCAGCACCCUGCCCGAUUUCUUGCAGCUGCACAGCUGGCAGUGACGCCAUCUGUGACCAUGGAAACAACCCUGUAAACACCUCAGGACUGCUGUGAUUGGACGGUUUGUUGACGAUGUAAAUACACUGUAAAUAAAGACCAAAGACCUGAUCACUGAUCAGUGAUCAAUACUGCUAACAAUCUGUCAGCUGCAGCAUCAGGCUUUAGGACCCUAAGGAGACCUGGCAGUGACGAUCUGUAAAUAAAGAUCUGAUCAGUUUCAUUGAUUAACUAAAUAAUAAUCAAUACUAGUCUGAAGAUUUAAAGACAGAGCUGUGACUCUGUGUGUGUGUGUGUCUGUGUGUGUGUGUGUGGUGGGGGUGGGGGCAUGUUUCUACCUCAGUGUCAUGAUGUAACCUCUGACCUCAGCAUCAUCACCCCCGGUCAUAUUGAUCAUAUUGAUCACACUGAUCGACCUCCUCUGCAGUAGAGUUCAUGUUGUUUAUGUUGUUUUGACUUGGAGCAGCUGAUGUUUGUAAAUAAACAGCUUCACACAUC